CGCUCCGCGUCUAAUUGCGAGCCAGACCGAUGGUAAAGAGUAAGUUUGAGUUGGCUCAUUCGACCACAUCUCAUGGCGUUUCCCUAGAAUAUGCUCAACCCGUGCGAACACAAUAUCCAUGUUUCUGGACAGUAUGGUAUAAGUAUUCGACAUAGCGGCUGGUUUCCCUUGUUUCCUUUCUUCCUUCUCCACCCACACCUACAUCAUGCCCUCAAACUCUUGCCUCAAAGCCAGUCUACUGGCUCUCCUAGUCGGUGGAGCCACUGCUUUCCCCACCGUCUCUUGGUCCAAUCCAUUUGCUUCAAGCAAAGACGCCACCCUCGUCGCGAGACAAUGGGUAGAUGAACCCACACGCAACCUCUUUUGCAGGUACAACCCAACGUCCUGCCAGAAGCAAUUCCCCGGGUNUCGCUCGCAACGACAUCUUCAACAUCGCCGCCUCUGCCGACAAACUCCACCUCGCCGCCCGUCAAGAAGCAGACCCCAAACGCUCACCAACAGUAGACCCACCGGUAUACGAAAACGAGACAAUCCUGUACCCCGACCCACCGGAAACCAGACCCGUCCCUGUAACACGCGAUUGGUGCGACCACCACCCUCACCACUCCUACUGCAGCAGCCAAUGGUGCAUGGAUCACCCUAACCAGUGCAAAAACGCUCUCGACCCUAACCCGCCGCAUGAGCAACGUGCGUUGCGCUGUGCUGAGAUCUACAAGCUGGAUUGGAGGCAGUAUGGCGAACUGCCCCAGGGGUGUCAGUUGAAGUGUCUCGACGGCGGAGACAGAAGGGGAGAAUGUGAUUUCAGGACUCAUGAGUGGUGCGAGCAACACCCUGAUCAUAGGGAUUGUGAGGUGCCUACUUAGGUUGCUUGCUGACUUGUCUGCCUCCACUUUGCUCUGAUUGCAAUGGCGCUUCUGCUCUAUACUUCCCUUCCCCCUUCCCGUCACUCUACUGUUCCUUCACCUCUCACGCUCGCUCUACCGCCAGUAUGACGAC